AUGCCUCUUGCUUACGGCUCUCUCUUGCUUGCCACUGUGAUGGAAGCAGCUCUAGGACUACCUGAUAUCCCUUUCCAGGUUACUGCUGACUAUCCACACGGUUGUUAUAGAGGUCCAGGUCCAGGGGAGUGGAGUAUAAUUCGCGAUAUGCCUUCGUCUUCCUGCAUUUACAACAUGAAGGGAUAUACAUUCAAUGGAGUUUAUAGAGAGGUUGCCGGGAUCAUACUCAACACCACCAGGCCUGGGCAUCAUGGCAGCUUGCAUAUGAUCCUCAAUCUGUCCACCGUGCCCGGCACCUCAAAGUAUGAUGUCCUAGUGAGAACGGAGGGUUGGGCUCACUUGAGUGUUGGUGAUAAAAGCAAAGACUUCUGGUGGAACCCAAGCCCAGGUGAGCACAUCUACGGUCCAGAGCAUGGUGAAGUGUCUGCCCGAGUCGCAACUAUCGACUCUGGUACUCCCUCUACCAACGUGAGCAUUUGGAGCUCAUGGGAUACUCUAACUGGUAAAGCACACGGCGACGGGUUAGAUCUGAUAUGUGAGCACAAAUGCUCCUCCAGUGUACUCAAUUCUGAGUUCUACACCGCCCAGAGAAUCCUCAUAAGAAGGGUGGAAGGUGGCUGGCACUACUUCGUUACAUACAAAUUUCGCGACGAUUCUCGUAAGCUAGGAGAUUACAGCAAGUUUGUGAUCUUCGGCAAUCUGCUGGAUGUGAAUAUAAUGUGA